GAAGGGAGGAUCCCCCAUUUGUUUUAGCACAAGGACAGAUUCCAAGUGAAGGAAUGAGAGCACACUCUUGAGAUGUUAAUCUUGCCUGCCUUUGGGAACAUUCUUGUGCAGCUCCCCCACUUCACUUCAAAAACUGCACCUCUUCAUGAGAGUUUCUGCCUUUUUUGUUGCACACGCCAUCCUUCAGAGCUCCCCUAACCUUGCUUUGUUUUUACAUUCAACAUGAAUUGGUCCUGCUUGGUUUAUCUGGUUCUUGCCUCACUGGUUUGGCACGAUCCAGUGAUUUACAGCAGCCCGCUGACGAGGACUCCAGCCACAGGAACGCAAAUUGAGGUGGACUGUCCUUCCAGCUGUUUGUUCGUGUUUCUUAACAGUAAAUCAAUAACUAAGGACAGUGUGGAUCAGAACAGGCUAAAGAUGACUUCAAGAGAACUGAACCCUAAAUUUUACGAAGCAUCGCGGGCAAGCAUGGCCAUCCAACACUACAUCAACACCGUCCACGGCUCACCGUUCAGACUGUACAUGGUGACCAAAGUCCACAAGGCAAGAACAGAGGACAUGGGUGAAUUGGGGAUGAAGUACAUCCUUGAAUUCACUGUGAAGGACAUAGUUGUCGAGAAUUCACAGGCCUGGUGCUCGGCAGAGGUGCUCUACCCCAGAGGUGAGACGCAGCAUCCACCUCAGGUCCAGCUCUCAUGUGAUGGGCUACCUCUUCUUGACACCUCUGAUAAGGAGCAGGCCUUCUACCAGCAAUACAGUGCCAAUAGCAGUGCUGUAACUGCAACCAACAUACCAGACAGUUAUGGUCACAUAGAUCCUGAUAUGGUCCCUUUCUGGCACUUGGGAAGGUUGGCUGCCAGCUUUAUCAUGCUUAAUCAGUCUAAUGAAAACACGCUGUACGGCAUGGCUCAAGUGUCCAAGAUCAAACAGCUGAAGAGCACAGAUGACCAGCUAAAUUUUGAGUACGAAGUUCUGCUUCAUGAUAUGGUUUCCCAGGAGAUUAUUCAUUGGAAGCUGCUAUUCACCUGGUCUCCAGAAAAGAGUGUAAAAGUGGUAGAAAGUCAACGGCUGCCACGAUGCCACUGCAACUAAAACCGUCAAGCUAUGACUGAUACCUUCCCCCCCAGUCAUAAUUUGAAUUAAUAUCCACUUAUGCUCUAACUUGCAACAAUACAAAGAUUGCUUUAAAGCUGCUUCUUGAAAAAGGUUGCAUAUUUGACCGACAGCUAUAAUAAUGAGAUUGAUUUGAAUAAAUAAACAGGCUACUUCAGCUACUGCUCUUGAUAUUCCAGAUUAUACAUUUUCUGCAAAAUCUUAAUGAGAAAACAACGGGAUGAAUGAACGAACAAAAUGUUGGUACCGAAUCACUCAAAUUUUACAUUUAUGGGUUGAAAAGUUGCAGCUAGCUUUUAUAACAAAAUGAUGUGAAAUGUAGUGACCAAUGGAAACCAUAGCCUUUAAAGCAUUAGCCAUUUUCAAGUCUUUAUUCACUUCCAAACUGGGAAGAAAAAAAACAAACAAACAACUGUUUUCAUGGGAAACAAAAUGAAUGUAAGUGGAAGCCUGUGUUUGACCGACAGCUGUGCCUGGUGCUGGAAAGCGUGUGUAGUCACUUACAGCAGGCUUGUAAUGUGUUGUACAACAUCUGGACUAAUGGCUAAUAAUCUUGUUUCUGGAUGCAUGUAUAGCUUACCUGAGACCAUGCUGUUUUUGUUGACACUCUGAAAUAGGUUUAUGCUUUACUAACAACUGUUGUUAACAACCACUAAAUGAACACCCUCAUUUGUUUAAAGAACCCCUAUGUAUUAAAGUAGCUUAUAUGGAAAUCAUUGUUAUGGAAAAGAAUAGUAGUAACCAUUCCAUAAACAACCUGAACCUCACUUCAACCUUAACUACUCAUGUUAAGGGUUUGUGCAACAUGAAAUAUUGCCAAUUAUUAUACAUACAGGACACUUUUUCCAUGGAAUAAAAACAUGUAAUCUA